UCUCACUCCUAACCUUCUGGAGCCCGGCCACCACUGCCCAAGUCACUGUGGAAUCAGUGCCGCCCAAUGUUGCUGAAGGGAAGGAUGUUCUUCUGCAAGUCAACAGUCUGCCUGGGGAUCUUGUAGGUCUUAGCUGGUUCAAAGGGGAAAGUAUAGCACCCAGGCAUCAAAUUGUAUCAUAUGUAGUAGAUGCACAAGUAAUUAUCCCAGGGCCUGCACACAGUGGCAGAGAGACAAUAUACCCCAAUGGAUCCCUGCUGUUCCAGAACAUCACCCUGAACGACACAGGAUACUAUACCCUACAAACCGUGAAUAGAAAUUUUCAAGUUGACCAAGGAACAGGACAGCUGCGCGUAUUCCCGGAGUUACCCAAACCCAACAUCACGAGCAACAACUCCAAUCCCGUGGAGAAUGUGGAUUCUGUUGUAUUAAUGUGUGGACCUCAGACUCAGAGCACAAGCUACCUGUGGUCAGUAAACAAUAAGAGCCUCCUGGCCAGCACCAGGCUGCGGCUGUCCCUGGACAACAGGACUCUCACUAUACACGGUGUCAUAAGGAAUGACACAGGACCCUAUGUGUGUGAAACUCGGAACCCAGUGAGUGCUGGUCGUAGUGACCCAUUCACCCUGAAUGUUCUCUAUGGCCCGGACGCCCCCACCAUUUCCCCCUCAGACUCCUCUUACCAUCCAGGGGCCAACCUCAGUCUCUCCUGCCACGCAGCCUCUAACCCGCCCGCACAGUAUUCUUGGUUUAUCAACGGGAGGCCUCAGCCACUCACACAGGAGCUCUUUAUCCCCAACAUCACUGCCAAUGAUAGUGGAUCCUAUACCUGCCUCGCCUAUAACUCUGGCACUCGGCUCAGUAAGACCACAGUCAAGACUAUCACAGUCUCUGAGCCAAUAUCCAAGCCCUCUCUCCAUGCCAGCAACACCGCAGUCACAGAAGAUAAGGACUCUGUGGUCCUGACCUGCUCCACAGAUAACACUGGGGUCUCCAUCCACUGGUUCUUCAAUGGCCAGAGUCUAAAGCUCACAGAGAGGAUGAAGCUGUCCCAGGACAACAGCACCCUCACCAUAGACCCUGUCAGGAGGGAGGAUGCCGGGAAUUACCAGUGUGAGGUCUCCAACCGGCUCAGUUCCAGCAAAAGUGACCCCAUCAGGCUGGAUGUGAACUAUGGAAGAAGCACCACAGGCCUCCCUGUGGCAUCCAUCAUUGGCAUUGCAGUCGGGGUCCUGGUCGGAUUGGCACUAAGUUCUGUCCUGGGGUGUCUCCUGUUCUGCACA